AUGGCGGACCGAACAUCGCAGACCUACAUACCAAGCAAGACUAUCCAGACUGACUAUCCUCUUAUAGACAAUGACCCACACUUCAAGCGCGUAGUUGGCUAUGCCCGCCCUUCCGACUACGCCUUCGCCGGUGCGGCAGCGGCAGCUGGCCCGGGUCUGCUCUGGACGAUGGAGAAGUUUGCGCCGUCAUACGCCGGACGGGGCGCCUUUGUGCGAACAAUGCGACUCGCCGGCUUCAUCGGACUCUGCGGCGGCUUCUUGGCCUUCUACCAACGAUCAGCCAUGAGGUUCUACGGCAUGAGCGAGAACGCACGGGAGGUUAACCUGGACAUGCGGGAGAUGGUCGACAAGGUCAAGCGCGGCGAGCCCCUGUACGGCGUGAGCCAACUGUCCCCACACAUGCAGGGCGUCGCAGCACGGCAGUCGAGGUAUUCUGCCACGUUCUUCGAUGCCGUCCCAUGGUUCAACUUUGUCAACCACAACCAGCAUGGCGUCGAUACCGCCAAGUACUACCGGCAGGCGGAGAAGGAGCUGGAUGCGGAGAACCGAGCCAAGGGACAACAGGAGGUUGCGCAGCUGGGUUAA